AUGGCAAAUAAACAGAGAAAGAACCCACAGGGUCAAACGAAUCCUCUCUUGCUAUAUGUGGUAUUCACGUUUAUCUUUUGCUCUUUGAUUGCUCUGCUGCUGGUGCUGCGGUGGCACCCCACUGAAGUGGAGGAACACUCUCUUGAGGAAAAUGAGGUGGAAGAGAAGUACACCAGGGAUUUUUUUGCUUCUGCAGGCAACUUCCGAUGCCCGCAGGAGGUUUACUUUAGUCAAGAAGAAGUUAGGCGUCAUGCGAGUGAAGCUGAUCUUUGGAUUGUCAUUAAUAAGAAUGUUUUAGAUGUUAGUUCGUUUGUGCCGAAGCACCCUGGUGGUUUAUUAAUUAUGGAAGGAGCUCGUCUCCCUGAUGCUGCGGACCUCUUUGCGCAGAAUCAUGGACCUUCUGUUGUGCGGCAGCUUGAAAAGUUCUGCAUUGGGAGAUUAAAGGAGUAG